AUGAAUCAUAUAGAUAAUGAUUUCGCACCAAUUCGGAAAUCUAACAUAACUGUGAAAUUCGACGAUAUAAUCCAUGACGUUAAGACAAAUCAUCAUCAAAUGAGCAUAUUGAAAAAUAUUUCGCUAGUAUAUGGAACGAAGAUGUCCCAAAGUAAACGAAAUGCAAUUGAAUCGAGAAGAAGGUCAAGUGAGUCACCUUUAAAAAAGAAAAAAAUAGAUAAGAACCUACGAUCUGACCAAGAAAAGGUGCUAUCACCCGAUCUAUUUACAAAUAAAAACAAAGAAACAGAAGUUUUACCUCCUUUUCUAGAACCAAAUUUCACCUUAAAAAAGCGUAAUUCAAUUAAAAUACCUUUAUUUUCAACGAAAAGAUACACCAAGACAAGUCCCAAGAAAAAUACAAUCAUUAAAAGAAAGCAAAACAUUCCUUUAUUUUCGCUCAAAAAUUCAAGUAAUAAAUUUGUGAAGAAACUGAAGCUUGAUCUACUUAACAAAUUGAGCCCGAGAUCAAGUUGUUCGCCUCCCUCAUAUUUUUCUGAGACAGAUAAAAUAUUAACAAAAAUCGUCGAUAGUACUCUCGAAGGAGCCCCGUUCGAUAAACCAAUUGCUUUAUGUGGACCCUAUAGUUAUUCCUAUGGAUUAUUUGAACGUAUUUUCAAAAGGGAAUGCCAAAAAUACAACUUUCAAUACGUUAAAGUAACUUUACCGCCAUUGCCUUUAGAAAAUAAUCAAAACAGUAGAUAUAACAACUGUGAAGUUUUAUUUGCUAAGAUGAAAAUACAAUUUCCUAAUGAGAUGAUGAAAGAGUCGUUUCAAGGCAGACAUCACGAAAUGUUUAAUAUCAGACAAGUUAUGAGAACCCUUGCAAAUGUUAUUAACAUCUCAAACCAAGAUAUUGAGCAUAAGUAUAUAAUACUAUUCUCUUCGACAGAUGCAAGAUAUCUUGAGUCUUCAGUAAUGAGAUCACGUUGGGAACUCAUCACUAAUUUUAUAGUAUCAGCUAAACUUCCAGCUGUAAUGGUUUGUUUCGACCAUCUUAUCGAAAAUUCCCCAUCAGAAUCAACUUUAUUAGAAAAUUCAACAGUUAUUGAUGUACCGAAGCUGCAUUCUCUACCUAAUUUUAUUUCUGAGCUAUCAUCCAUUUUAUAUUACGAAUCAACGUCGACUAGCGAUGUGGAAUUUUGCAAAUUGUGGAACGAGGAAAUGUCAAAUUAUUUAAAUAACAAAAACUCAAUGCUCUACAAAGAAGUAGAGAAGAUAUUUCUUUCCGGAGAAGGUCCACUAAAUUGUGUGAAAUUAAUUGUAGCAAAGAUUAUAUAUUGUAACGACUUGCCAUCUGUGUUUAAAAUGUUGCGUGAAGAUAUAAAACACAAUGUGCAAACCUAA